AUGAGUUUCUUCCUCGCCCGCUACAUCAUGCUUCAACCUCACGGCAACCUACCCUGGAACACGAAUCUCUCCACACUCGUCAACGCGGUCGUCGACAGAGUUAUGAAGGACGACGGCUACGAUAUCCACGGAGACAAAAGACUGCAGUAUACGCAUCUUCUCUGCCAGAGAGCUGUGCACCUUCCAAGCCCUGCGAGACACUACGGAAGCUGGCAUCUCUUUGAAGACUACUUCCAGUCUCUCCUUUUCCCCAACCAGUCUGUCAUCACCACGGAGAGCUUCGAAACUGUCGUUCUCUCGGCAAAGGUUUACAUCAAACACCCCGAUGCCGAGAAAUUGGUGCUUAAUAGACUAUUUCAAAGGGGACCCAAGUCACUGUCGACGUUCAAAAAGUCGAAAAAGCGACGGGAUGACGAAGGAAAGCCCCAUGACGCUCCUGUGUUCGGGUCCCUUUUGGAGGCGUCAAUCCGCAGCGAGAACCCCAACCUGACCGCGCGACUGAUGAACUACGAGGUCGACGUGUCACGGGAAAAGUCAACGGUCAACUCAAAGGGUAAGUCGAGGAAAGGCAAGAAAUACUACGACGAAUAUUUCUGGCGGCUGGCUCUGGCAUACCAGGACCUGGAAACCCUGAAAUCCUUUCUCGAGAUGACAACCCGGACAAUGACGCCGAAGAAGCUCGCGAAGCUCCUCCUCGAGGCCGUGUGCACGUCUCAAACAGAAGCACUUCAAAUUCUUCUUCGGCAUCAACUCCCUCAGCUCAAGGAAGGAGACGAGUCCGCCUACCACGAAAAGCGGGAGCUCCGGAUUCAGGUCAUCGAGCUAUGCCUUGAAGAGGCUAUCCAACACGGAGAAUCUCAAGCACUCAGUGUGCUGCUCCAAUCUCCAUAUGCCAUCACAAGCACCUACUUCACACACCGCUGGAAAGAGUAUUGGGGCUACAUCGACCACGGGCCCGAGAAAUUCAACGAUGUCCCUGCUGAGACGCCUCUUGAGACCGCGGCCCGGCGCGGAGACGAACGAAUGGUUCGGCUGAUGCUUUCUCGAGACUGGAGUCCCUUUGGGGAGAGAUACAACGAGAGGGCCGACCACCAUGGCCGCAACGUUUAUAGCGGGCCGAGUCACUUUCGAGGCCUCAUGCCGAUGAUCGCCGCGGCGAUGAACUGGCACAUUGGUGUUGGAAUUGCUCUAGUGGAGGGAGGCUUCAGGUGCAAGAAUUGGAGGUGGCACUUCCUGAUCGGAACCGUCUUGAAAAGCAGAGAGACCGGCGGCUUCGGCAGGGACAAAGACCUCAGACCGUCUUCAACGACGAUCACUUCGGAGCACCGGCAAGCAUGGCAUGACAGAGACGUGGAGUUCUGGCAGAGGCUGGUCGAUGGUGGUGGGCUUGAUCUGCGACAUCCCGACAAGGGCUGCAGCUGUCACACGAAACAACCGGACAUGCCUUUAACACACCCUACUCGUAGUGCUAUCGACAUUGGCAGGAAGUUUGUUCUCGAAGAACUCAGAGUCGGUGUAGACGACGGAUCUAGCGGCUGUGACGGCCCAACGGGGCCAGAGCCCAUCCCCGAAACCGGUGCGGAGACCGGUCCUCUUUUUGUUGUUGCAGUUGAUGAAUGUCCCACAUGGAAAUCAUAA